GUUUGGAUAGUCCGAAGCUGCGCGGGUCAUACAUUAGGGUCAAUUUAAACGGGUCUCCUCUGCACGACUGUCGUCUGUCAAAACCAACAGCGCCGCCGCCCUACGCAGCCGAGGCAGCAGCAGCACAAGAAGAACUACUUCACAGUCUAAAUCAAAUACCUAUCCCGGAUAAUGCAAUCCCUCCGAUUCCCUGUUCCAAUCCAGAACGCUCUCACUCCCUCCAAUCCCAGAUUCUCGCGCAACCAAACACCCAGAAGAAUCCGAUCACAUUCGCGCCUCUCCAAUUCUCUCUCUCUUCAUUGUGCAACCGCAACCGAUGUGGUUGUUCACAGGGAAGAGAGCAGAGAGCAAUUUAAUGACCGAUUUGCCCCUUGUGUACACUUUCCGCCGGAAGACGAGCCGUUGCCGGCGGGCCUACGGAGAGAGUUGAUGCCAAGACACGUGGCCGUGAUCAUGGACGGCAACGUGAGGUGGGAGAGGCGGAGAGGGCUGCCGGCCGGGUCGGGUCACGAGGCGGGUGCGCAGUCGCUGAGAGGGCUCGUUGAGUUGUGCUGUAAAUGGGGAAUUAGGGUUCUCACUGUGUUCGCGUUUUCUUUUGAUAAUUGGAGUCGGCCAAAGGUGGAGGUUGAAUUUCUGCUGGAUUUGUUUGAGAAGAUGAUUAGCUCCGAAAUCGACAAUUUUGCAAGCGAAGUUAUUCGAAUAUCAAUCAUUGGGGAUUCGUCAAAGCUCCCUAACCCUUUACCAAAACUGAUAAGUGAUGCGGAGGAGAGAACGAAAGACAACUCUAGGCUCCAACUAAUUGUGGGAGUGAGCUACAGCGGAAAAUAUGAUGUUGUGCAAGCGUGCAAAAGUAUUUCUCAAAAGGUAAAAGAUGGCGUUGUUGAAGUGGACGAUAUCAAUGAAAGCCUCGUUGAACAAGAACUAGAAACUAACUGUACCGAGUUUCCCUACCCUGAUCUGCUAAUACGAACAAGUGGCGAACUCAGAGUCAGUAACUUCUUGCUGUGGCAGUUGGCCUACACGGAACUUUUCUUUGCAUCGGCACUUUGGCCUGAUUUUGGGAAGUCUGAGUUUGUGGAGGCCUUGGUUUCCUUUCAGCAGCGGCAGAGGCGUUAUGGUGGAAGAGAUCCAUAAGCGACGAAUUUGUAUUUCCCUUCAGCAGAGGCAGCGGCAGAGGCGUUGUGUAAAUAUCAGCAUCAUAUGCUGGUUGCACAUGUAAUGAAUAUUCUUUCUUGAUCUAAUUGUCUCAGUCCCUGUAUCAGUAGUUGCAUCAAAUAUUUAUGAAUCUAUGUAGCUGGUUGUUUCCUAGUUAUGGCUUUACCAACGGUAAAUUAGUGUCAUCAUGGUCAUAGAAUGAAUCAUUCAUACUCUGUAA